GAGGCCGACGCCGCGGCACCACCUCCCCCUGUCGGCCCGGAGGGGCGGAGCGGCGCCGGGAAGAGGAGGAGUGUGGGCGCCGUCCGGGGCAGUGGGUCUACCGGCUCCACCCCUUGGCUGGGCCCCAGAGGGGGGCGAGAAGACCCCCUCUUCUCUCCAAGAUUCCCUGCCGAGGCCGCUGCCCUCCCAGAGGCUCCGCCCCAGGUCCGGCCCCAUGGGACCUGCCCCCUUCUCCUCUGCUGGAGUGGACCGGACCUGGUCCCCCCCACCUGUGACCCCCUCCCUUCUCGGACGUCGAGGGGAGCAGAUUUGCCUCCUCCGACAGAAGAGGACCAGAACUGUCCCCUUCUUCCUUGAUUCAAGAGGACCAGACCUUCCCCUCAUCUUCCUCCUCUUACCAGAGGGGACUAGACCUGCCCCUUCUCUUCUGACCCCAGAGAACUAGGCCUUCAUCUUCUGUGACAUUCGGAAGGGGGGAGGAAAGGGAGGACGGGACGGGAUCAGCGUUACCCUUUCUGCUAUUUUGAGCCAAAGGCCUAAAUCUGCUCCAUCUCUUUUUCCUCCUCUAACCUGAGAGGACUAGCCCUGCCCCUUCUCUCCCUUUGACUUGAGAGGACCAGUCUUCUCUCAUUCUCUGACUUAAGAGGACAAGACCGGUCGCGAUCUGGAAAGACCAAACCUGCAUCUCCUCUCUCACCACUGGGGAGCAGACCGGUCUUUUCUCCUUCUCUGUCCUGAGGGUACUAGACUUGCCUCUUCCUCUCCUGACCUAAGAGAACUAGACCACCCCUUUUUCCUUCUCCAAUCUGGGGGAACCUGACCAGUCCCUCUUUUCUUUCUUUCACCACGGAGUAUUAGACCUGUUCUUCCUCCUCUAACCUGAGACGGAAAGAUAACAAAGUAUCCUAAAGAGUUCACAGGCUCAUAGAUUUAGUGCUGGAAGGAACCUCAGAGGCGCAAACUCUCAUUUUGCAGAGAAGGAAGACACAGAGAAGUCAAGUCAUUUGAACAAGAUCAUACAGAAAGAAAUAGGAUUCGAAUUCAGGACCACUUAAGACCCGAAAUCCAGUGUUCCCACUACUAGAUCGCUCUGACCCUUCCUCAUCCUAGGGAAUAAAUUCCUUUUCUUUUUUUGACCUGAGGAGAUCAGACCCGCUCCUCCCCUGGCCUGAGAGGACUAACCCUUUCCUGUUCUUUCCCGGAAGGAGGGAGGAAGCCUGCAGACAUUUCCCCCUCGCCCACUUUCUCCAGAUUCCUCCUCCCCUCAGAUCCUACCCAAAGCCUCCCCCUCUUCAAGCCCAGCACACACUCCCUCAGGCAGGGCCUAAGCCCCAGCCUUCGCUUCCACUUCCUGGGGUCUCGUCUCUCCCUCCCCCCAUUCCCCCCCCGAAAUUCCCGCCUCGCUUUGGCCACACAGACCACCACCCCCCUCUCCUCUCCCGGGGUUCCUCUUUCCUCCGCUACGGGGGAGAGCCAGCCCCCCGCUCCUCCCAGUUGCUCGCUGAGUCCGGCCCCAGCCCCCCGCCUCGCGCAGGGUCCCCGCCUCCUCGGGAGCUCGCUCUCUGGCACACACACGCGCGCACACACGCACAGCCUGGGGUCCAGCCCAGCCCUCCCCCGGGUCUCCUCCUCCUGCGGCCGCCAGGGAAAGCUUGCACACAGACAGACACACACUCGGAGAUACACUCGCACCGGGCCCAGCUAGCCCUCCCCUGGGUCUCUUCGGGAAAGCUUGCAUACCCACACACCCAGGGGCAGGAUCUGGCCCGACCCCCUCCCCUCUUUCCGUUUCCCCCGUCUCCGCCUUCUGCUGCUGCCGCCGCCACCGCCGCCGCCGCGGGAGGAUUCAUGUCCCUCCAGCAUCAUGCAGCCGCCGCCGAGGAAGGUGAAAGUUACACAGGAACUGAAAAAUAUUCAGGUUGAACAGAUGACAAAACUUCAGGCCAAACAUCAGGCAGAAUGUGAUUUACUUGAAGAUAUGAGGACAUUCAGUCAGAAGAAGGCUGCAAUUGAGAGAGAAUAUGCACAGGGCAUCCAGAAAUUGGCUAGUCAGUACCUGAAGAAAGAUUGGCCUGGAAUAAAAGCCGAUGAGCGGAAUGAUUACAGGAGCAUGUAUCCUGUUUGGAAGUCAUUUUUGGAGGGAACUAUGCAGGUGGCCCAAUCCCGAAUUAAUAUCUGUGAAAACUAUAAAAACCUUAUUUCGGAACCUGCUAGGACAGUGAGAAACUUAAAGGAACAGCAGUUAAAAAGGUGUGUGGACCAGUUGACAAAGAUCCAAACCGAAUUACAAGAGACAGUGAAAGAUUUAGCUAAAGGCAAAAAGAAGUACUUUGAGACAGAACAGAUGGCUCACGCGGUCAGAGAAAAAGCUGACAUUGAGGCCAAGUCCAAACUUAGUCUUUUUCAGUCAAGAAUCAGUUUACAAAAGGCAAGUGUAAAGUUAAAAGCCCGGCGGUCAGAGUAUAACUCCAAAGCUACCCAUGCCAGGAAUGACUAUCUCCUCACGUUAGCUGCCGCUAAUGCACACCAGGACCGUUACUAUCAAACGGAUCUAGUGAACAUCAUGAAGGCCCUUGACGGAAAUGUAUAUGAUCAUCUGAAGGAUUAUUUAAUAGCAUUCAGCAGGACUGAGCUAGAGGCAUGCCAAGCUAUACAGAAUACAUUCCAGUUUUUAUUGGAAACCUCAAGCAGGGUGGUGCGGGAUUACAAUCUUCAGCUGUUUUUACAAGAGAAUUCUGUGUUUCAUAAACCACCACCUUUCCAGUUCCAUCCCAGUGACAGUGAUACCAGCCGACAGUUGGAAUCUGAAACAGGCACCACUGAGGAACACAGCUUAAACAAGGAGGCCCGGAAGUGGGCUACGAGAGUGGCCCGAGAACACAAAAACAUCAUCCACAACCAGCGGGCCCUAGAAGAGUUAGAAUGUCAUGGUGUUGCUGUAUCAGAACAAAACCGAGCAGAAUUGGAACAGAAGAUAGAUGAAGCCAGAGAAAGUAUUCGUAAAGCAGAGAUAAUUAAGCUAAAAGCUGAAGCGCGCCUAGACCUCCUGAAACAGAUCGGGGUGUCUGUAGACACGUGGCUGAAGAGUGCGAUGAACCAAGUGAUGGAGGAGCUGGAGAAUGAGCGCUGGGCCAGCCUUCCCGCAGUGGCCAACAAUGGCUCCCUGCACUUGCUUCAUGUGGAUGCAGAAAGAGAAGAAGGAGAAGAAUUUGAGGACAACAUGGAUGCUUUUGAUGAUAGCAGUUCCAGCCCAUCAGGCACCCUACGAAACUAUCCGCUGACCUGCAAAGUUGUCUAUUCAUACAAGGCGUCUCAGCCAGACGAGCUGACCAUUGAGGAGCAUGAGGUGUUAGAAGUGAUUGAAGAUGGAGAUAUGGAAGACUGGGUAAAGGCCCGGAACAAAGUCGGCCAGGUGGGCUACGUGCCCGAGAAGUACCUGCAGUUCCCCACGUCCAACAGCCUCCUGAGCAUGCUGCAGUCCCUGGCCGCGCUGGACAGCCGCUCUCACACGUCCAGCAAUUCCACCGAGGCGGAGCUCGUGUCAGGGAGCCUCAACGGAGAUUCCAGUGUCUGUUUUGUCAAAGCACUUUAUGACUAUGAAGGCCAGACCGACGAUGAACUGUCCUUUCCUGAGGGAGCGAUCAUCCGCAUCUUGAACAAGGAGAACCAGGACGAUGAUGGUUUCUGGGAAGGAGAAUUCAAUGGACACGUUGGCGUUUUCCCGUCGGUGCUAGUGGAAGAGCUUUCAGCCUCAGAAAAUGGCGAUACUCAGUGGGUGAGAGAGAUCCAGAUCUCUCCCUCUCCCAAGCCGCACAAUUCACUGCCUCCACUGCCGCUGUACGAUCAGCCCCCCAGCAGCCCGUCCCCCAGCCCCGACAAGAGGAGCUCGAGGUACUUCCCCAGGUCUCCAUCCAUGAACGAAAACAGCUUCAGCUCGGAUUCUCCAGGGUUCUCUCAGCCCCCGAGGCACACGCCAGAGGCCUCCUAUGGCAAACUGCGACCCGUCCGGGCUGCACCACCCCCUCCCACUCAGAGCCACCGCCGGCCCGCAGAGAAGAUGGAGGAUGUGGAGAUCACUCUCGUGUGAUGCCACCUGCCCCGCCGUCACGGCCCACCCAGUCCAGUCUGGCCGAGCUCAUUUUUUAAGGCACCUUUGCAUGAAGAUGACUCUGUUAAGGAGCAAGCACGAGGGAGGGCGUUCUGUGUGGCAGCGGCCUGCCCUUGUCGUGAAGAUUCUGUGCCUUUGCUUGUUGUUUUCUACAAGUCAUCUUUCCUCCUAGAGCACAAGCCCAGAGUGGCAGAUGGCCCUGGCCAGGCAGGCACACCUGCAGCUUGGGGCCAGCUCUUGGCCACUUGUGUGGCCUCCUCCCAGCCCCAUCCCGUCCCGUGUGUUAGUACAGUAUAUUACUGUGGCCAUAGGAAUGUGUCGAUGAACUUGCCCAGACCCCCGAGCACCGUGACCUCGGGACGAGUGGUGAAGAUGAAGCGGGUUCCCCGGCCUCAGAGGAGGGGCCGAAGCACAGGGCUGGGGGUGGGAGAGCCGGCUCCUUCUCACAGUCCCUGCCGCCUUCCCCGGAGGGCCUCCGCACCCUUGGUGUUCCCUUUCCUGCCACUUGUCUCCUGGUCAAAGCCUGCCCCCGAAGCCCCCAGCUGGGGAGCGGGGCAGGGCGUUCCAGGGCAGCUCCUCACACCGGGAGGAGAGCCCCCGCCCUGACGGACCUCCUGGAAGCUGCACCCCAGCCUCUAGUCAGCCUGGGCAUUGGGUAACCUGGGAGAGGUCGGAGUUCAGGGGACUAAGUGUUAUUUUCCGGUCGGCUCAGCAGCCCAGCCGAUGGAAGCCCAGCAACUGGUUCACAGCAGUGAGUCCAGGGAAACUGGCUCCAGCAUGGCCUUGGGGCAGCAGCACGAGCCAUCUGCCUCCUCAGGGUUCAUCCGUGUCCAGCCAAGUUUUACGAGGGCCUUGAAACCCAAGGUGAGAGGAGACGCUGCAGGGCUGGGCACCAAUCCAAACUAAUGAUGUGGUGAAGAGGCUCACCCCAACUCCCCACCACAGGGAGAAACUGGCUUCACUGGCAAGACUGACGAGACCCCGAGCUUUGGGGGAGAAGCAGCUCCCAAGUAUUUAAGGAAAAUGAAUUUUGUCUGCACGAUUGGGUAGGAAGUUUUUCCCCCUAAACUGGAAGAUAGAGAAUUGAUGGCUUAGCUUAAAAGGCUGAUCGGGGAGGUUGCUUUGCUUUGACUGUUUCAUUUUUAAAGAAAUCAAUAUUCCAUUUAGAUGGCAUUAUCUGAACUUUGCACACAUUGCUUCCAAGAGUCUGACCUCAGAAAAAGAGCUCUGAAGCGGAGCGUGCUUCCAGGCCCCUCCACCCAAAGUCCCAUCUCCUCCCAAGGAAACGUCUACUGGACCACUUCAUUUCCUCAGACCCAAGGACCGUGGAUGAAUCUCUCCUGUACUCUUUGUUCUCUUGCGCCUCUUAACCUGUUGAUCUGUUUGAGGUCUUUUUAUGUGUUUAUCAAACUUAUUCUUAAGUUUAAAAAAGAAAGAAAGGUGUUUUUUUUAAGAUUUAAACAUUUUCAGAAAUGUUAAAUGCAUCACAAUGCCCAAGUCAAGUAAGUAUCAUUCUGCUCUUCUGCUCUUCCUUCGCCCAGUCUGUCUGUCUGUCUGUGCCCGCAAAUCAAGAUUCUCCAAAUUGAGUGUUAUUGGAAAUCUCUUUAGUUAUAUUUUAAAUAUUUUCUGUAAGAGCUGCUAAUUUUAUUUAAAACAAAAGUUGUAAAAAUGCCUCCUUUUUAACUAUGACUUGUUCGUACAGGGCACGUAAUCCAUGUAUCACAGUGUACAGUGUCAGUACACUGAGAACACCUGUGCAAGGGCUUCCUCUGUACUGGCUGUAAAAAGUUUGUAUUUAUUAUGUAUAAAAAGUUGAAUAAUAAAAAAAUAAGUGGAA